AGACCAGCUAUGUGUUAUUGAGAUGCUGGACCUUAAGUGAUCCCUGAUAUUGUCUCCUUGGAAACAUGUUUGCCAUCGGCAGGUUGAGUUGGGCCAUAUGCGCCGCAGCAGUACAAUGGAGCUGCAGAAUGUAGCGAUCGACUCUCCUGAGCACUUGUUUGACAAGGUCCUGUUUGAGAGCGAGUACGCUUGCAUCCCCCCCGAGGCUUCCUGUAUUGCCGCAUCUGUCAACUCCACCACCGUGGGGCCAGGACUUGACAGCGACUUUGGUGCAAGUGCAGGUGUCUCUCUCCGGAUCUUGUCCGCUGACAGCGACGGUCUUUGUAACGGGGCCUCUGCCUCCGCCUUGGAGUGGGAUUACUACUACUACGACCCUUGCUACGUCAGACAGAACAACAUACCCAAGCACAAACACCACCGACCUGCAAUGCAUAGCAGGCAGUACUGGGUGUAAGAACGGUGCUUUUUAAGUGUAAUGUUUUAAUGUAUUAACUAUUUAUUUUGUUGCAAUGUAUUUUUAUUUUCGAAAAGAAAACCACGUGUUAGCCAUAAACCACAAUCAUUUUAGCACUACCUUUAGUUUGUCAUCUUUGAAAAGCAUUCACUUUCUUUGUUUUUACAGUCGUUUGACACUUUCAAUCACUUAUAUUCACAUUACGGUACUUUUCACUUCAUGUUAAGAUUGUCCCACGUUUUCUGAAUGAAGCACUUUGUUAUCACAUAUACUUUUAAUAUCCACUGUUGUUGCCUCAAAUGUUUUCUAAACUUCACUGAUAUCAAAUAAAGAAUGUAUAUAAUACACAACAAAUCCUACAUCAUUUAUUAUUUCAGUUCAGCUUUAGAAUAAUGACAAUAAGAAACGCUAUGCAAAAGAUUUCACACAUUGAUGCAUUUUCUCCAGUUAAUUUAUUGUUUUUUUCUUUCAUACAACUCAAUUUUCCAACGU